CAUUUCUAAUGGCGGAAAAGCGGCAAUCGUCGUCAUAGCUGUCGUUUUAAUUCCAAUAGAAAUGCAAAAAUGUCCAAAAUGGAUCGCAUAUUAAACUCUAAAAAGGACAAGCAGACGAUAUACGAGAUUUACAGAGCAUGUCGUCUCUGUGGAGCGGGCGCGGGCUACAAAAUGCCGAUUAUUCAAAAUGUUGUCGACUCGGACGACACUGAUGUGGAGCUAAAGCAAAAGAUUCGCGAAUGCGUACAAAUUGAGGUGCAUCAAGAUGAUAAAAUGCCCCCCCUCAUCUGUGAGCUGUGCGUGGACAAGGUGAAUGACUUCUACGAGUUCCUGGAGAUGUGCCGGCAGACUAACAAGAGGACGCGCCUGAGGCUCGGCCUGCCGCCCCAGUCCAUGCCCCGAGGAGCUCCAGAUGCGGGAGAGUGUAUCCUCGGACUCACAGAGCCGGUGUACAUAAACGAUGAUUCUGAUGGGGAGCCCAUAGCCAAGCACAAGAGAGGCAAAGUGAUGCAGCCCAAAGUGCUCAUCAAGAAAGAACCGGAUUUGAAGUCCAAGGAAAAGCGCAGUUCAUCGGACUCCCGCUCGAGCCGGCGCCGUCGCUCGCCGACGCCGCCGCGGCUCACCAGACAUAGAAACAACUCCAAAGAUGAUAACGUAUCGCUCAGUCGAUUGCAGGAUAAAUCAAAAUCUCCAAAGAGUACACCCAAGUCUAUACUGAAGAAGGAAAUAAAGUCUGAGGACAAUUCUUUGUUGACACCGCGUCUGAAACGGUCACGCGAUAAGGAGCCUGUCAAACUGGAUACUCCUGUCAAAAAAGUCAAGAUAGCAGCAAAGUCCCCACCACCGAAACCGUCCCCCAAAACGUCUCCCCGUUCCAAGCUCAAAGCGAAGCCCCCAACCAAAAGGCCUCCGUCCCCCGUCCCAGCUCACCAGUGCAGCGUCUGCAGCCAGGGUCUGAAGACGGUGCAGGCUGUCACCAAUCAUAUGAAGAUGCAUGUUGUUGGGUUUACUAGUCCACGUAUGGCCUGCAACCCCUGUGGCUUGUGGUUUCCGUCAGCAGAUGAAGCGUCGACCCAUCACAGACAGCAUCGCAGUCGCGGCCGCCCCUACAACUGUAGACGCUGUACUGCAGACUUCAAACACCUCGCCGCUUAUGAUGAUCAUUUCGCUAACAACCAAUGCAUCCCACUGCCUGAGGUGCCGGAUGUCAAAUGCUCGGUGUGCUGGCAUCUGUUCCCCACCAACCACUUGCUGGACACACACAAGUGUAUGGGCGAGGACUACAGGCCUGGCGGUAAAUGUCCAAAAUGCAGGAGAAACUACGCAAUAUUGAAGAAUCUGAAGAAACACGAACUAGUCUGUACUGCUAAGAAGAAAGGUGAAGUGACAGUAUCCCCGGAGCUACUGGGCAGACUGAAGCCGGCGCAGGUGCGGAUAUCCCGCUGCGAUCCCUUGCUCAGCAACCUCAAGCAGGAACACUACGAUGUGUCCAAUGUUACCGCCGAUUUCGGCCUCGACAAAAACUGCAUCUACCCCUACAUAUCAUCUGUUUCGAGUCUCAGAAUAAAGUCAGAACCCGGUCUAGACAAAAUGGUUGCAAUCAAGGACGAAAUUAAGGACGAAUUCUAUUCAGAAGAGAACUACAUCCACUGGGAUUCAGAAGACUCUUCUGACGAUGAUAUCACCUGCACUUCUGUACUCGACCCUUCUCUUAAACAGAAGAGAGUGGACACACUCGCUAAUCUUACUCUAAAGACUUUAUUCUCCAAAAAAUGUCUCGGUAAAGUGCCCAAAAAGCGCAGAAGAGUUAAACAAGAGAAGAAUGCGUUUGAUUCUCUUCUGAAUGACACAGAAGAUGAUGUGACAAGAGAUAUUAAUGAUAUUAUCAACAAUUUGGGUGAUGAUGAUGAUUUUGGUGAUGAAAAGAAUGAUAGUGCUAACUUAAGUGCGGUUUUAAGUGAUAAAGUUGAUGAUGAAAAUAAAAGUAUGGAUGUUAGUGAUGAUAAGUUAAAUACUGAUGAUCAGAAUGGCUCGGGUGAUGACAAAGUUGACGGUGAUGACAAAAUUGCUACUAAAGAUGAUGAGACUGGACCUAGUGAUCAAAUAAUUGAUGCCAGUGAUGAAAAACAUUGUCCUAGUGUUGAUAAUGAUGUAGUUGAUGAUAAAAUCGGUUUUAGUGAUGACAAAAUCGGUCCUAGUGAUGAUCAAAUCGGUUCUAGUGAUGUUAAAAUGGCCGCUAGUGACGAUGUAUCAAAAGUUGUUGAUGAAAAUGAUGAUAGUGCUGUUUCUAACAAUGUUGAUGAUGUUGAUAAAGAGUCUGUUGUUGAUAAAGACAUUGAAAAUACUAAUACUAGUGAUGAUAAAGCAGCUGAUGUCGAUAGUAGUGACGUUAGCAAAGUUAUCGAUAAAAAUGAUCAAAUCAAUGCACAAAGUAAUUUAAGUGAAAUUAAUGCUAGUGAUGUGACUCAAGUAUCGAUAGAAAAAGACAUUAGUAGUGUUGCGAAUAAUGAGAAUAUUGUGUGCAAUGAAAACGGUUCAAAUAAUUUAAGUAGGCUUAAUAAUAAUGAUGAUUUAACUCGGUUAGAAGAUAAUACAAUUAAUAAUGGUUCUAUUAAUAAUAUGAAUGACGAUAAUGAUAGUGACGUUCUAAGUAAAAACGUUGUCGAUACUAAAAUUAAUGACGAUUUACCAGAAGUGAGUAAAGACGAAAAUCAGAACGAAGGUAAUGACGUUAGCGAUGACGUUUCACUCAAAAAUGACGUUGACGAUUCGAAAAAUGAUUUCGAAAGUCAAGAUUCUAAUUCUAUUGGUACUUUAAACGAAAGUUUACUUAAUGAUAACACUCAGAGUGAUGUUAUUAGCGAAAAUGAGCGAAAAGAAAUUGUCGAUAAAAUGAAUAUCGAUACCAGUGACAAUGCUACAUCACUACCCGAAAUUAGUUCCGAACAUAAAUCUCAAAUUAACGAAUUCUCAAUGGAAAACUUUAGUCAAAACUCAAAAAUAGAUGACAUUAAUGACGUGACAGAUACAGAUUAUAAGAAUGCUGUCAGUGUCAUAGUAAAUAAUGAUAAAAAUAAGCUUGUUGAAGAAUUAGACGAUUCAAACUUAAUGGCGGCUCUGGACGCUGAGAUUGGGGAGACCAAUGAUAAUUCUAAUCAGCAAAUUAAUGAGAAUUAUAAUGAUAAAAUAGCUCUAGAAGACUUAAUCGCGGCAAAGUCUGCCGAAAUUGAUGUUAUACCGGAUGAAUUUAAUUUUGAUGCUUGAAAGGAUUAUGCGUCAAUUUGUACCCAUUUCUUAACAUUGCUUAACAAUACUCCCCACUCAGCGUCAUUUAAUGGUUACUUAAGCCAUUCCUUAGUGAAGGAUUUGUAUGACAUUCCGUCACUAAGGAGUGAAUUAAGUAAUCAUUAAAUGUCUCUGAGUGGGGAGGAAUAAGACCUAUGUCAUAUGAAAAUUCUUGACAAACAUCAUCUCCCGAGCCUUUCCCCAACUAUGUUGAUGUCGGCUUCCAGUCUAACCGCAUGCAGCUGAGUACCAGUGUGCCACAAGGAGCGACUGCCUAUCUCUGAGCUCCUCAACCCAGUUACCCGGGCAACCCAAUACCCCUUGGUUAGACUGGUGUCAGAUUUCUGGCUUCUGACUACCCGUAACGACUGUCAAGCAUGUUCAAUGACAGCCGGGACCUACAGUUUAACGUGCCAUCCGAAACAGUUCAUCAGAAAGUUAAACAAUGCAAAAUAUGUAUUAAUAAAUGAUACAAAUAAAGACAUAAAAAAAAAUACAAUUGAUAGUGCUCGUCAAGAGCUUUCAUAUGACAUAGGUCUCAUCACUUGAGCAAUUUUGAAAACUGGGUAGGUACAAUGUUCAUACAAAAGUGCCCAUGCUAUUUUGUAUAAUCAUCGGCACGAAUCUUGAGCGCUGAUCUUCACCUGCGCAAAAGUGAUUUAUUGGGUCCCUUUGGUGGUAUGAAGUGAGGCGCGGGGGCGGGCUAAAGCGGUGAUUGGCCCGCAGCGCAUCGCGUCAUAGCCCUCACUCGGGAUUGGUUCUUUGCUAAUAAAUCACUUCCGCGCAGGUGGAGGUCAGCGCUAGAGAUUCGUGCCGAUGAUUAUAUAAUUAUAACCGACUUCCCAGAAAGGAGGAGGUUGAAAAUUGGGAUGUUUGUAUGUUUUUUCUGCUUGGUCGCCCAUAUCUCGCUCGAUUACCAAGCGAUUUAAAAACUUGACGAUUCUUGUUAUACAAGAAUGAAAAAAUAAAUAAAAAUAUUUUGUUUUGCGAUAUGUUAUUUUAAGUUCAAAAUUGUGGUUUUCCUGAACUGAUUUCGUCAAACUGAAAGAGAAUUGAGAUAAAUAUAUUUUUUGUUACUUUAUUUUUAAUAUUAGUUUUUAUUGUGUUUGCGGAUGGCGCUUUAAAAGCAUUUUUGUCAACACUUGAAAUGAAUCCUUUUCACACUCGCUGAUUCCCAUCGAGUGGCUACGUAACCACUUAGGCUCUAGACAGACGGACUGCAUUUCAACUGCAAUCUAACUGCAAAUUGCAGUUCAUGGGCCGUUUGAAUGCAGUUGACACGACUGCAAUAGAACUGCAAAUCAACUUCAGAACCCGACUACACGCCGACUGCAAUUCAACUGCAGUCGGACUGCACGUUCAACUGCAAUCUAACUGCCCUUGAACUGCAAUUGGCAGUUAGAUUGCAGUUGAAAUGCAGUCCGUCUGUCUAGAGCCCGUAGAAAUAAUUAUUUAUCUUGCUACGUAACCUUUUACGUAGAAAUAAUUUACUUUUCUUGGUCCCGAAGCCAGCCGAAGGGAAGUGAUUUAGUCAAAAGAAAGCGCUACUUAUCUACUUAUGUGAACGAAUUUGUAUAAUAUUAUUAAGCAGAGAAAUUGCAAAGUCUAUAUACCUAACUAAUUUUGUAAGAAUACCUUUUUAAGAGGUGUUAUCGGUAAAAUUACCAUGCUCUAUGUAAAAUUGGCACCCCCUUGAAAAGUCUGGUACCUAAGUGUACCGACAAUGUAAACGUCAGUUUUUACCGACUUCCCAAAAAGGAGGAGGUUCUCAAUUCGUCGGGAUCUUAGAUUUUUUUUUCUUAUGUAUGUUCACCGAUUACUCGAAGACAGAUAGGGUAUAGUUCUCAGGUGGUCCCAUAGUCAUCAGGUCAGGAUCUGAUGAUGGAAACCCGGAAGAAGUCGGUGGUGAAUUAAACAUAGCUGCGUCUACGAGACACUGACAUCUAGGCACCUUUUUUUUAACGAUGGCAAAAAUCAUCAAAUGACCUC